CCCUAACAUGGCAGCUUAGUUGUUUCAUAUUUUGACACUUCCACGUGAUCUAUCUAUCGAUUGUUAUCGUCGUCAGUGCUUACCCACGAUAAGGAAAAUUCAUAAUGUCAGUGCCUUAUUUUAAUUCACGAAUUUCAAUAUACGAGGCACGAGAAACCAGAAAAAUACAAAGAAAGAGGAUCCGGGAUAUCUGUGAUCCCUUCGAUAUUGACGAUGGCGAAUUUCAACAUCUAUGGCGGAUUUCAAAGCCGAUGGCUAUUUUCAUUAUCGAGCAAAUAAGGGAAGACUUGGAGCCGCUAAAUGCUCAGGGCAUUCCUGUACAUCUGAAGGUUCUAUGUUGUGUCCAAUUUCUGGCAAAUGGUGGCUACCAGCGGCAGAUUGGGCAGGACCAUAGUCUUUGCCAAGCCCAGACCACCGUAAGCAGAUUUUUAGGCCAAUUUUUGAAGGCUUUAUACUUAAGACUCUUUUCUGAAUGGGUUCACUUCCCAGGCUCAGAGCCUGCCCGAAGAAGUGUGGCAGCAGGCUUUGAAGAAAAAUACCGUGUGCCCGGAAUUUUAGGGUUAAUUGACUGCACACAUUAUGUUAAAAUCUUCCCGCCACCUGGGCCAGAAGGCGCACAGUACAAAAAUGUACGGAAAGGAGCACAUACACUCAAUGUGCAACUGAUAGCCGAUUCAGAGUGCAGGAUAUUACAUGUGAAUGCUAGGUACCCAGGGAGAGUGCAUGAUGCAUUUAUUUGGGCUCACAGUAAUGUGAAAACUGAAAUGAAGAGAUUGUAUGAUGGAGGAAUAGGAAGUUUCUUCCUUUUGGGUGACUCAGGAUACCCAUUGGAGCCUUGGCUCAUGACCCCUGUUCUCCACGCUGAGCCGGGAUCGCCGGAACAAAAUUAUACGGACUGGCAUUGCCAAGUUCGUAACGCAGUGGAGCGCACUAAUGGGUACCUAAAAGGAAGUUUAAGGUGUCUGGGCAUCGACAGAGUCCUACACUACGCGCCGGAGAAGGCAGUGGAAAUUGUUUAUGCCUGUUGCACAAUAUACAACCUCAUGAAGCAUUUUGGAGUGCCAUUAGAAGAGGAGCCACAGGAGGAGGAUGUCCCCAAUGUACUCCAAAAUGUAAAUCAUGCUCAACUUCUCAGUCACUCACGUGCCAGAAGGGCAGCGAUAAUACAAAAUUAUUUUUCCACAUAG